AGUAACAAAACGUCAUUUACGCGCGAAAAAAACUGGUCUUGACUUGAUGUAACGGAGGGUUGUUAAGGUUUAUAGUUGUGUUACUUGUAGAUUUGGGUUUUUAAAACAUUUUAGAUCGAGUUUUCAGCGAGUUAUAUUAUUUAUAUCCGGUCAAUGUGCACGCGAGCAAUCGGAUUAACACGUGUUAAUAGAAUAUAAAGGAGCUUUUAAAGGAAAAUGAGUCGCUACUUCACAAGACUGCGUGUGAGAAGAACUUACACGUGGCCUGGAAAGCCGAUCAGUAAAGACAGAAAGUUGAAGAGACUGUAUCACGAGUCUUUGGCGAUAUCUGUGGAAGGAAGACCGGACGAUGUAGUGGUGUCUGUAGGUCAGUACAUUCUGAUUGAGGGAGAUGACGACGACAACCCGUAUGUCGCACAGCUCCUCGAGCUUUUCUCUCAUGAUAUGGAUAAGCAGAAGAGGGCGGUGGUGCAGUGGUUUGUGCGGAUGUGUGAAAUACCCAAUAGCAAAAGGAAGUUACUGGGCCGGGAAGCCGAUCCACAAGAAAUCUUUUACUACAAGGAUCCCUCCUGUGAUAACGAGGUGGAUGCUCAGACCAUCCUAGGAACAGUUCAGAUUAAACACGUUCCUGUUGAGACUCCUUUCCCAGACGACAAAAGCAAAGACACUCUGUUUGUUAAAUUUAUGUGGGACACUAAGACAUUCCAAGUCAUGGAUCCUGAGUUGAUGAAGCCCCCUCAAAGACCCAAAUCUCCACCCCCGUCCCAGCAUCCACCACGACUCCGUGCUCUCCCCACCCCGGACCUCAGCGUGAUGAAGCGUGCCAUGUCCGGCAUAAACACCCCCAGAAGCAUGAGCACCGGCAAGAUGGGUUCCACCGAGGCCGAAUCGGCUCACUCCGCCUCCAAGCUGUCCGCCGCCAAACUGCUGAACGUGAAGCGGAGAGACCGAGUCUCGUCCAACCCAAACAUCCGCAAGAAACUCGACCUGUGCAGUCCGGCGAAGAAGCUGACUAGUGACGAUGUUCUCGGGGAGAUAUUGAAUGAUGUCCAGGAGACUGAGGAAGUGCUGGCCAGCGAACUGGGUGCUUCUCCACCUCGUCGCAUCGCCAUCUCCAUCUGCCUGACCCCACUCAAAGACCCAGUCUUUAACAAAACAUCCACUGAGGAGAAGAAUCUGUCCAUCCAGCCUCCGCAAAGCCCCAAUAAACCCGAUCACUCUGCUUGUGAUAACACCUCCACCAGCGCAAGAACUCCAUCCAGGAUGAGAGAGUCGGUUACAGUCCGAGAGCCUGCUCUUGCUGUGCUGGCUGAAGAAGAACACGAAGACUCGCCUACGCAAACUACUGAAACUCCACGCUCCAAGAGGAAAUCUGCCCAGCUUGUGUCCUCUCGCAUUCAAAAGCAGCUGAACGUCCUGAGUAGCCACGAUGACCUGCAGUCUGAUGGUGAAAACGCUGAUGACGACGGCUGUUUCGUGCCCUCUAAGCUCGAUCUGGAGAACAGCAGCGAAGAGGAAGAGGAGGCGAAAAUGGACAGUGAAGACGAGCUAGUGGUGAAGAGGAGUAGGCGCUCGGCAGGUCCGAGAACGCCGUCGGCUGAAAAGACCCACACUUCUGCGAGAACUCCUCGCGAAACUCCAAACAGGAAGUCUGCUCCUCCCACUCCCCGUACGCCUCGACAUACCACGCCAAGCAUUCCCAGCCGAAAUCUGCCAGCCAGGAAGCCUGGGAAUGUAUUGGAGGAAGCAAGGGCAAGGGCUGAAGAAGAGCACGAAGACUCGCCUAGGCAGACUACUGAAACUCCACGCUCCAAGAGGAAAUCUGCCCAGCUUGUGUCCUCUCUCAUUCGAAAGCAGAUGAACGUCCUGAGUAGCCACGAUGACCUGCAGUCUGAUGGUGAAGACGCUGAUGACGACGGCUGUUUCGUGCCCUCUAAGCUCGAUCUGGAGAACAGCAGCGAAGAGGAAGAGGAGGCGAAAAUGGACAGUGAAGACGAGCUAGUGGUGAAGAGGAGUAGGCGCUCGGCAGGUCCGAGAAUGCCGUCGACUGAAAAGACCCGCGCUUCUGCGAGAACCCCUCGCGAAACUCCAAACAGGAAGUCUGCUCCUCCCACUCCCCGUACGCCUCGACACGCCACUCCAAGCAUUCCCAGCCGAAAUCUACCAGCCAGGAAGCCUGGGAAUGUAUUGGAGGAAGCAAGGGCAAGGUUGCAUGUAUCUUCAGUCCCUGAGUCUCUGCCAUGUCGAGAGCAGGAGUUCCAAGACAUCUACAACUUUGUGGAGAGCAAGAUCAUGGAUGGCACUGGAGGGUGUAUGUAUAUCUCAGGCGUUCCUGGCACAGGGAAGACUGCCACAGUGCAGGAGGUGAUCAGGUCUCUGCAGCAGGCAGCAGAGCAGGAGGAGAUCCCACCGUUCCGUUUCAUAGACAUCAACGGCAUGAAGAUGACCGACCCACACCAGGCAUAUGUCCAGAUUCUGCAGAAACUGACUGAUCAGAAAGCCACGGCGGACCAUGCUGCUGCCCUGCUGGAGAAACGCUUCAGUACACCAGCACCAAAGAAAGAGACUACAGUGCUGCUGGUGGAUGAGCUGGACCUUUUAUGGACCAGGAAGCAGAACGUCAUGUAUAAUUUAUUCGACUGGCCAACGAGACGGCAUGCACGUCUGGUGGUCCUGACUAUCGCUAACACCAUGGACCUGCCCGAGAGAAUCAUGAUCAACCGUGUGGCCAGUCGCCUGGGGCUGACGCGCAUGUCCUUCCAACCGUACACUUUUAAGCAGUUACAGCAAAUUAUAACAUCUCGACUGAACAGACUAAAAGCUUUCGAGGAAGACGCUCUUCAGCUAGUCUCUAGAAAGGUUGCAGCUCUGUCUGGUGAUGCACGUCGCUGUCUAGACAUCUGCAGACGCGCCACUGAGAUCUGUGAGCACUCUGGUCCGAAGGGUGCCGUCGGGUUGGUUGGAAUGAGUCAUGUGAUGGAAGCCUUAGACGAAAUGUUCUCUUCCUCCUACAUCACAGCUAUCAGGUGUGCCUCUCUACAGGAGCAGCUCUUCUUGAGGGCUGUGAUUGCAGAGUUUCGCAGGCUGGGUCUUGAAGAGGCCACCUUUCAGCAGGUGUUUUUACAGCACCAGGCCUUGUGUCGGGUAGAAGGGCUGCAGCCAGUGAGCGUGUCUGAGAGCCUGGCUGUGUGUCAGAGGUUAGGAGCUUGUCGGCUGCUCCUGCUUGAGCCCAGUCGCCUGGAUCUUCUCCUCCGUGUUCGCCUCAAUCUCAGCCAGGAUGACGUGCUGUACGCCCUGAAGGCAGACUGAGUGUGUGUGUGUGUGUGAGUGAGAUGCUAACUAACUCAGAAAGGUUUAAUGAAAACCUCAGU